AUGCCGACGGUCAAGAUCGUCGAAUUCGACAGCGUCGCCCCGCCGCCGGAGGACUUGUUACUCAGGCUGUCCGCGCUGGAAGCACCGUGGGUCGUGCUCCCGGUAAUCCAGCGCGUGUUCCUCUUCGACGACGCCGGCUGCCAGCACCCACCCUUCGCAUCUCUCGUCGGCUCCCUCCGCGCGUCACUGGAGGCCACGCUCGCGCGGCUUCCCCCGCUCGCCGGCAGGAUCGUCUUCCUGCCGUCCACCGGCGACGCCGCAAUCGACUGCUCCGCCUCCGAGGGAAGCGGCGUGCGGUUCAUCGUCGCGGAGAGCGACGACGCGGACGCGGGGCGGCUGGCCGGGGACGCGGACCACGACGUGGACGCGUUCAAGGCGUUCGUCCCGAAGCUCAAGGUCGACGCGCUCCCCGCGGAGGUGCUGGCUGUGCAGGUCACACGGCUGAAGGGUGGGGUGGCGGUCGGCGUGGCGAUGCACCACGCCGUGGUCGACGGCCGGUCGGUGUGGAGGUUCCUUCAGGCGUGGGCGGCGGCCUGCCGCGGGGACGACGCUGCCGCAGAGGCGGUUGUGGCCGGCCUGACGUUCGACCGCGCGGUGAUUGCGCUCCCCGGCGGCGAGGAGCACACGAGGAGCACGCUGCGUAAGUACGCACCAAAUCUGCCGCUGGAAAUCAACCUGUUUCCGAACGCCCCAAUUAAUCUCCCUCGCCGGACGUUCACCGUCACCGCGCAGCAGAUUCACCGCCUGAAGCAACGCGUUUCCGGCCACACUGCCCCCGCGCAGGCCGGUUCCACGCCCGCGCCGUCCAGCUUCGUGGCCGUCGUGGCGCUCGCCUGGGUGUCCUUCGUCCGGUCCAAGCACCCGGCCGUCAUCUCCGCCGACCACGACGUCUACGUCUUCUUCUUUUUUUUUUUGCAGGUGUACGUCUUCUUCUUCAUCGACUGCCGCGGGCGGCGCGGCAUCGACCCACCCGUGAGCCAGAACUACUUCGGGACGUGCAUCACCGGGUGCCUCGCCAAGGCCACGGCGCGGGACCUCCUCGCCGUAGAUGGUUUCGCAGCCGCCACGGCGGCGGUGCAGCGGGAGGUCCGGCGAGCGGCCGAGGACCCGCUCGCCCUUUGGGACUGGAUGGACCUGCUGUCGUGGAUGCCAAUGGACCGGUUGGUGAACAUCUCCGGGUCGCCGCGGUACCCGGCGUACGAGGUGGCCGACUUCGGGUGGGGCGCGCCGAGUAGGACGGAGCUGAUCACCAUGAACAACUGCGGGCAGGUGGUGCUCGUGGCCGCCAAGGGCGGCGGCGGCAGCGUGCAGGCAUCCGUGUGCAUGCACCCGGAUCACAUGGGCGCGUUCAAGUCGCACUUUCUUAAUUCCUUGUCAGGUUGA